CCAGCCCCGGGAGCGAGCCGCGCGCCGCCGCCUCCGCCGCCGCCCGUGCCAUGGCGGCUCCGGCGCUGCCCCCGCUGCCGCCGCAGCUCAAGAGCAUCCAGCACCAUCUGCGGACUGCGCAGGAGCUGGACAAGCGCGAGCCCGUGGUGGCGUACUACUGUCGUUUGUAUGCAAUGCAGACAGGGAUGAAGAUUGACAGUAAAACGCCAGAAUGCCGUAAAUUUUUAUCCAAACUUAUGGAUCAGUUGGAAGCUAUGAAAAAGCAAUUUGGUGAUAAUGAAGCAAUUACUCAGGAAAUUGUUGGCUCUGCUCAUGUGGAGAAUUAUGCCUUGAAAAUGUUUUUGUAUGCUGACAAUGAAGACAGAGCUGGGCAAUUUCAUAAAAACAUGAUAAAGUCCUUUUAUACUGCAAGUCUCCUGAUAGAUGUUCUAACAGUAUUUGGGGAGCUCUCUGAAGAGAACGCCCAGCACAGGAAGUACGCCAGGUGGAAGGCAGCGUACAUUCAUAACUGCUUAAAGAACGGAGAGACUCCUCAGCCUGGCCCCAUUGGAAUGGAGGGAGAGAGUUUUGCAGAUGCUGAAAGGGAAGAAGCAGGGUCAUCUUCUGUCCAUAGUGGAACAGCUCCAUCAUCAUCAUCUACAUAUGAAGCUACCAACGUACCAACUAGUAAUUACACUGGCAUACAUAUACCACCAGGUGCCCAUGCACCUGCCAACACUCCAGCUGAAGUACCUCAUAACACAGGAGUGACAAGUAACACCAUUCAGCCUGCUCCUCAGAAUAUUCCUCUGGUUGAUCCUUCCCUUUACAGUGCGCAGUCUGCAGGAGAAGUCCGUUUGACUCCAGAGGACUUUGCCAGAGCUCAAAAAUAUUGCAAAUAUGCUGGCAGUGCGUUGCAGUAUGAAGAUGUGAGCACUGCUGUGCAAAAUCUACAGAAGGCCCUCAAGUUACUCAUUACAGGCAGAGAAUGAAGCUUUAAUCCAACAGAUUCAUGUCUUUCGCCUAAAGAACUAACAGUUUAUUACUGUACCUAUUAGGGAAGUGGAGUUACACAGAAAUUCUCAAUCCCAUCACUCAUGACUAUGAAACCACUGUUUCAGUGUCAGAUUAGCAAUUAAUGGUGCAGUAGGAAUCUCUGUUUUCAUUUUAAAGACAGUGGAGCUUGAAACAUGAAUGCAGUGGCUUGAUGUAUGCAAAAUAUUAAAGAAUGUACUGUGAACACCACUCAAGAGUCAGAAUUCACUUUGCAGUAUUUGGAUUAUCAGAAUUGGAAAAUGCUCACUGUAAAAAACUUGAGAAUUAGUAUGUUUUGUUAAAAUUCUUACUCCUGUUUUAUUAUUGCAAACAAUUAUUUAAUGGGUAUAAUACCUUUAAAAUGGUAACUAAGAUUAGUGCUUUCCUUCUGAAAUGGGAGUCUGAAUGUGAGAGAGCUGACAGGUCCACACUGGGAAGGACUUUUCUAUACAUAAAUUAUUUCUGUAUUUGUAUUAUCUGAGACAUAAGUCUAAGUUGAGGGAGUCUUGAGGACAUUUGUAUUUCAUUUGAAAAUGUUCUGGAAAAAACAUCUCUUGAUACCUCAGAGGGAGUAAUUUUGAUGGUGUUCCAAUUUAAUCCCCCACAGGUGUAUGGACUACUACAUGUAUUCUUGAUUAUUGGUUCUUGCUCCUUCUGUGUGAACACUUAAAAUUUUAUAUAUCUGUAUGGGUAAUUAAGAGAAAAUACUAAUAUUUAUCAACAAUGAUCCCAAAACUGGAGGCAGAGAUUCUAAAUAAUUUGAACUUUCAGGAAGACUUGCUGAAAGAACAAAACUGUUCCAUCUUUGUAAGAGGCUGGAAAAAAGCUCAUUCUUCAGUCAUUAAAACACUAUAGGUUUGUCUCUGGUAUUAGUGUCAUAGAGCUUUGUAUUUCCAACUAAUAUUUUUCCUGUCUGCUUUGUUGUGAAGACUUUUGGACUUGGGAUUUAAUUAAAAUAUCUUGGAAGCUGAAUUUUGAGUCUUUAUGAGGUCUACCACUGCAAUUAUAGAGCUCUUGAUUGUUAAAAAUCCCCCCAUGCUGUUUAAAAGAAAGAAUAUGCAGUCUUUUAACUGACAUGACAUAAUAAUUGAGUACACCAUAAAGCAUGUCUGAUAUAUGUAAUAAUUUUAAUGACAUUUUAUCUGAUCUCUCUGUCUUUCCAAGCUGCUGGAUCAAAUCCAUGUUAUCUAUAGCUGCACUGCUUUGGAGUGACUAAAAUAAGUCUUAUAGUCAAAGCAAAAAGAAAGGAAAAGAAAAUGAAACAUAAGCAUGCAUUAAAGUUUAGCUGGUUGUAUCCCUUAAAGUGUGUAGUGUCUUUGACAACAGAUUUCACACAGGUAAUAUGAAACUUAAAAAUGUAUGCUUAAGCACUUUAGUUGACUGAGACUUAAAAGAUAAAAUGUGGUAUUUUUUGUGUUGCUUUCUGAUAUGGUAUAGCAUGCUAAUCUGGACAGUGACUUGGGUUAGAUUUUAAUCAUCUGGGAAAAUUUAGAAUAAAACUAUCUGAAACUUUUUUGACAAUAAUGCUGUACAGAGCUGAGCAGUAAGUCUAUUUAGUACAGUGUUUCAUGCAAGAUAGAUCUCUCACUUCAGUAUCAAACUGAAUUACUGCCAAGUCUUCUGCAUAUAUAGUUGUUGGUUUACACUGUAGCAUUGCUAUAAAAUAUAUGUAGCAUUGCUAUAAAAUAGUCAAAAGUUUCUUUCAUUUCAGGAUCAAACUACUAUUUUUUAAAACCAGCUUCAGUCCCCAGAAGUCGUAGGAAAAAAAUCAGUUUUCCUAUUUCUAUUUAUAAAAUAAUAAAAUGAACUUUGGGGCUUUUGUAUUACAUGCAAAAAUAAGUAAGCUAUGAUAUAAUAUUGUAUUGAUUUGAGGCUUUUGAAAUAAAGUUGUUGGGGUUUUUUGUAAUUGAAUGAUCUGAAAUGGAAUACAUAACUACGCUUGAAAAUGAAAACUUAAGUAUUUCUUUAAGUGUAUAAAAUAUUUUCUGUUGGCCAUGAUUAUAUUGUACCUUUUGGUUCCUCUAUGAAACCAGGGAAUCAUCAGUAAAAAAGUGAUAAGCAAUGUAAAA